AUGCGUUGGCGCUUGGGCGCUUGGUCGGCCGCGGUGCAAAGCCCCAACUUCUGCGAGCGCGGUAACCGCCAAAAAGAGCCCACGAAUAUCGCCUAUUCCUUGGCUCCUGGACCAGCUGAAGAAGGGAAACGACACUUGGAGCGCGUUAUUCAGAUGGCUCUGGAAGAAACAUGUUUGGAAAAGAGCGGCAUUUUGGCGGUCAAAGUUCAAGAAGCCGUGUCCCACAUGCGCAUGUAUCAAGGAACCAUCACCACGUUGUCGUCCUUGGCCACCAACCUUCUGCGGGAGAUGCGCAACAACACCAAGGUGUCGCAAAAGUUCCUUCAGCUGGGAGGAGUGGAUGCGUUUCAGCUGGUCCUGUGCGGAGACGAACAGGCAGUGGUACAGCUGCCGACACCCUUUCAUCCUGAGUUGCAGGUGGUCCUGUGCCUUAUCCUUGCAGAGGUCGUCUUACUUGGUGAUGCUGAGGUGGCAAAAAAACGUGGUCAGCGGAAGAUGGCCAUGAGCUUCUUCACAGCCAAAGCUGAAAAGAAUUCCAGGAUGGGCAUGUUGGCCAAAAUGACCCGGCACAACGCCAAAUCUGAGCAAGCGGUUGAGCUUCUCUUCAAGGCCUUAGAUGGUGCCACACGACGAUGCUUGGCAGCGAGCUACGGGUUCUGUUGCCCUGAAGCUGGGCGAGAUGUUUAA